UCUGUGCCCUAAUUUAGAUUCAUAUAAAUGAAUCUCGUACCUUGUUGAAACAUCUUCUUCACCGUAACCCUAAAACUCGCAGCAGCAAUUUCUCUGACUCCGAAGAAUUGUUGAAGGAAAAUGACUUUCGGAGAUCUCGCUUGCACCUAUGCUUGCCUGAUUCUUCACGAUGAUGGCAUCCCCGUCACUGCGGAGAAAAUUGCUGCAGUGGUUAAGGCCGCGAAUGUGUCAGUGGAAUCAUACUGGCCAAGCCUUUUUGCUAAGCUCUGUGAGAAGAGGAACGUGGAGGACCUUGUCGCGAACGUUGGAGCUGGUGGUGGUGGUGCCGCAGUAGCAGUUGCUGCCCCUGCCGGUGGCGCUGGUGCUGCUUCUGCCGCAGCUGCCCCUGCCGCUGAAGAGAAGAAGGAGGAGCCCAAGGAGGAAAGUGACGACGAUAUGGGCUUCAGUUUGUUUGAUUAGAAGGAGCUAUUUUAAGUACGUAUUUAGCUUUUAUAUUGGAGUUUUGUUAACUCAUUAUAGUAGUUUUGUUAUGUUUUGAAAGAUUAUUAUGUUCAUGAAAUGGUGGCUUGUCCAAAUUUCUUAAGAAAUUGAGCAACAAUUGAAUUUUGGCUGACUUGGUUUCUCUAAUGCUUUCUCUAAGAUUUGUUGUUUUA